AACUUAACAUACCUUACCAUACCAAGAUUCAGAAUGAAGUGUGUAGCUAUUUUUGCCGUUGCUAUGGUUAUGGUGAUGAUGCCUGAAUCCGAGGCUCUGUUGAAUCUGUUGAAUGGAGGUGGAGGUAAUGGCGGUCUGCUCGGUGGUGUUUUGGGAAAUAACGGUUUACUGGGAGGUAUCUUAGGAUCAAACGGUUUACUCGGAGGUCUGUUGGGACAAAAUGGUUUAGUUGGAGGUCUGUUGGGAUCAAAUGGUUUAGUUGGCGGUGUUUUGGGAGGAAACCGACAAUCAGUUGAAGCCAGUGCCAUGGUUUUGGCUAAACUGAACGCUGGAAUCAGUGAUGGUGUCGUUACUAAAGCUGAACUGGGAGCUGCUUUGAAUUUGGGUGGUGGCGAUUUGGAUGGUAUCUUGGCUAACAUCGAUCUCAACGUUGAUGCUAAAAUUGAUUUGAAAGAACUUCUAGAUCUGGAAAUCCUGGUUGUCUUACAAGGUCUUUUAGGUUUAGAUCUAGGUAACAUCUUAGGUAACCUUAGCAACUUGGGUAACCUCGGUAACAUUGGAAACCUUGGUAACCUAGGAAAUGUUGGUAACGUUGGAAACCUUCUCGGUCGAUAAAUUUCACUGAUUUUGUCAACAUGAAAUAUGAAAUAAAAAAUUGAGCAAUU